UUUCUCGCCGCCUUCUCUGUCAUGAGAUAGUGCCACGCACCUUGCUACCACACACCAGAACCCCUCGCCGCCGCCGCCGCCUGCCUUGCCUUGCCUGCUCGUCGCAAUACCCGAGUCCCAUUUUCCCACAGCGACCGCUUUCCACGAGACCCGCCAUGGCAGGACAGUCCAAGGUAGAGACCCUACCGCCAUGGGGUUAUGCUGUUGCCGGUGCUGCAGGCGCUGUUAUCGCAAACACUCUCGUCUACCCAUUGGACUUGAUCAAGACGCGGUUACAAGUCCAGGUGAAGCACUCCUCGACUGCCAGCGGUGCCAAUCCCCCCGACGAAGAGCACUACGAUGGCGCGCUCGACGCGCUACAGAAGGUGUUUGCCCAGGAGGGCCUGUCUGGUCUGUACGCCGGCAUAGGAGGCUCGCUACUUGGCGUCGCCUCGACCAAUUUCGCCUACUUUUACUGGUAUACCAUUGUCCGCAGUCUGUACAUGGCCAACCGUUCCCUCCAAUCCUCGCCCGGCACCGCAAUCGAGCUCUCUCUUGGUGCCGUAGCCGGUGCCCUCGCUCAGCUCUUCACCAUCCCUGUUGCCGUGGUGACAACGAGACAGCAGACCAUGAGCAAGGCAGAGCGCAAGGGCAUGAUUGCCACUGCCAUGGACGUAGUCAAUGGCGAGGAUGGCUGGACAGGUCUCUGGCGCGGACUGAGGGCGAGUUUGGUCCUGGUCAUCAACCCCUCCAUCACAUAUGGUGCUUACCAACGGCUGCGCGAAGUCAUGUACCCAGGAAAGAAGACAUUGAAGCCCCUGGAGGCAUUCCUCCUCGGCUCGCUUUCCAAGACGCUCGCAACAAUCGCAACCCAGCCCCUCAUUGUCGCCAAAGUCGGCCUGCAGUCAAAACCCCCGUCGGCCAGGAACGGCAAGCCCUUCAAAUCCUUUACAGAAGUCAUGCAAUACAUUAUUGAGCACGAAGGCCCCAUGGCCCUUUUCAAGGGCAUCGGCCCUCAGAUCCUCAAGGGUCUGCUUGUCCAGGGUUUCCUCAUGAUGACCAAGGAGCGCAUCGAGCUCUCUUUUAUCCUCCUUUUCCGCUACUUCCGCCAGAUGCGCGCCCAGAAGCUGCAGAAACUCGCAAAUAAGGCUGCCGAGGCGGCAGGCAAGGCGUCGCCCGUCUUGAUCAAGUAGAAAUAUUUUCCUCUUUCUUGAUCCAUCCAUGGGCAUCAUUUUCGCAAUGUCAGGUGUAUAUACCCUGCUGUUAUUUUUUUUGGCUUUGUUUUGGAUUUAUAUACGGCACGCAAGAUGGGAGUACGUUUGUUGCGUCGAGUGUAGUAGCAUUCCGCCUCGAUUGAGGUG